CGAAUCCCCGCGCCGACCCUCGCCCUCGGCGCGGGCUGCCGAGUCGCGGGCGCAGCCUUUGGUUCCCCGCAUCAAUCAUUAACGGGCCAGCUCGGGCUUCUGCGACCCGAGGGAGGGGGGAUGGAACGGCUGCUCGGAGGCUCAGGUCUUCUCGUGAACCUGCAGCGACGCACCCGGCGCGUGCACAAAGGCUCCGACGGCAGCCGGCGGGGACUGGCGAGGGCGCCGGAGCCGGCGCCAGAGGUCGCCUGUGCGCGCCCUAGCCGAGCCCCGGGCACCAUGCCGCGGCGCCUGCAGCUCCGGAGCGCGGGCACAAAGGGCCCGCCCGGCACGACCGCGGCGGCUUCGGAGGCCGCCUCGCGCCCCCACCCCUCACCCUCCGGGGACCCUCCGGCCUCCGCCAAGCCGCUGCUGCGCUGGGACGAGGUGCCCGACGACUUUGUGGAGUGCUUCAUCCUGUCGGGGUACCGGCGGCUGCCGUGCACGGCGCAGGAGUGCCUAGCCUCGGUGCUGAAGCCUACCAACGAGACGCUCAACUUCUGGACGCACUUCAUCCCACUGCUGCUGUUCCUGAGCAAGUUCUGCCGCCUGUUCUUCCUGAGCGGCCGCGACGUGCCCUUCCACCAUCCGUGGCUGCUGCCGCUGUGGUGCUACGCUUCGGGCGUGCUGCUCACCUUCGCCAUGAGCUGCACGGCGCACGUGUUCAGCUGCCUGUCGCUGCGCCUGCGCGCAGCCUUCUUCUACCUGGACUACGCGUCCAUCAGCUACUAUGGCUUUGGCAGCACUGUGGCCUACUACUACUACCUGCUGCCCGGCCUGAGCUUGUUGGACGCCAGGGUGAUGACCCCGUACGUGCAGCAGCGCCUGGGCUGGCACGUGGACUGCACGGGCCUCAUUGCCGCCUACCGCGCGCUCGUGCUGCCCGUGGCCUUCCUGCUGGCCGUGGCCUGCACCGUAGCCUGCUGCAAGAGCCGCACCGACUGGUGCUCUUAUCCGUUCGCGCUGCGCACCUUCGUCUUCGUCAUGCCCCUGAGCAUGGCCUGCCCCAUCAUGCUCGAGAGCUGGCUCUUCGACCUGCGGGGCGAGAACCCCACGCUCUUCGUGCACUUCUACCGCCGCUACUUCUGGCUGGUGGUGGCCGCCUUCUUCAACGUGAGCAAGAUCCCCGAGCGCAUCCAGCCGGGCCUCUUCGACAUCAUCGGCCACAGCCACCAGCUCUUCCAUAUCUUCACUUUCCUCAGCAUCUACGACCAGGUGUACUACGUGGAGGAGGGCCUGCGCCAGUUCCUCAAGGCGCCGCCGGACGCGCCCACCUUCUCGGGCACCGUGGGCUACAUGUUGUUGCUGGUUGUCUGCCUGGGGCUGGUCAUCAAGAAGUUCCUCAACAACACCGAAUUCUGCAGUAAAAAGUGAGCCUCCGCCUUGGAGGAGGCUGCCGGCUCGCCCACCUGUUUGUUUGAAGUUUCUGUUGUUGGUUUGUUUUCAAGUUUUGUUGUGUUUCCUUCUUUGCUCGAGGAAGGUGCUGCAAAACCACAGGGAAAAAGUUCAG